UUAUUUCCAUGACGUGUGGCGGGCGAGGAGCGUACGGCACAACUCUGUUGUCAGGGCCGCCUCCCGCGACCAAAGAUUAUAUUAUGGCUCCUCUAUAACCUUUGACCAACCCUAUGGCGCCGCCUCUGCGGGGUCUCCCAGCCCGUCAACCAGGGCGCUGAUGGUCGGAGAGGUCGCCGCGCGCUUCUCCCUUCGCGCAUGCGCGCGCCGAGGGACGCGACCAAACCUUCGCCAAGGAAACGGCGGGGAAACAGUAGCUGCUCCUGUAGGAUCUUUGGCUGCGGCCACGGCGCUGAGGUGAUCCCGGCACCGGCAGCACCCACUGCACCCCGGCAGCCACGGCGAGCCUGCCUCCACAAUGCCCGUCCAAUUCAAGGGUUUAAGUGAAUACAAGCGUAACUUCAGAUGGAACGAUUCAAAGAGAUCACGCUCUAGUAGUCCUGAUUCUAAACAGAAAAUAGCAUGGGCAGGUGUCCCUUCGGAACUGCUUGGAAAUACUAGGGAACCAAAUUUUAUCUCAAAGAAACGAGUGCCAUAUUACAGACCUCAAGUUUCACAAUCUUUUCAAUGGGACGGGAAUAGUGAAACAAGCAAUACAUUUAAUAAACCAAUACCAAAUUUCCGUGAACAAGUGAAAUUGCAAUCUUCUGAUGUCAAUGAAAGAGUAAUUGAGAAGAGUCAAGUGAGCCAUAAAGAAUGUAAAACACCUGAUGGUCCUCGGAAGCCUAAAGUGCCCAGAUCGUGGUCUGCAGACUGUCAUUUGCACUCAGUGCUAGAACCUACAGCGGCCACAAACAAGCAAUUGGCUACAGAUGCUCAGAAAACAAAGGACAACAAUAUAUCAUGUAGGAAGAAUGUUGUGGAUAAGGCAGUUGGUGCUGAUGUUAGCUAUGCACUCCAGAGGAAAGCAGGAUUGAAGACUGCACCACAUAAGAGUUUAGGGAGAAGCUCUGAGUAUCAACGGCAAUUUGAUUGGAAAAGUCAAAUAAAUAAUUCACCGUUACUGACUGCAGAGCAGAUUAUUCAUACCAAAUCACAGGCACUUCAAAAGGGUAAGAAGAUCUGUGAAACAGAAUAUUCAAGUCAGUUUAGAGGUACGCAACCACCUAAAGGGCCACGCUUGCGUAAAGAUUUUGAAGAGAAAGCUUUAGUGUGUGAAAUGGGAAGCCCUUCUCCUCUGAAGUUAACAGGAUCAAUCAUAAAAGACCAGAGACAAGAUGUGGAGCUCCAGGGCAAACAUCUUCUGAAUGAACAGAAUCCACAAACAACUGUUCACUCAAACAAAAGACUUAGAAACUUAAAAUCUGAAUAUAAGACUAAUUUUCGAUCUCCUGCUCAGUACAAAUAUGAAGAAGCAGAAUGUAGAUCUGAAGGGGGAACUGAAAUCAACCUAAUUUCCUCUUGGUAUGCGGAGGUGAAGGAACUUCGAGAGAAAGCUGAAGCAUAUAAGAGGAGAGCGCGUGGUACUCACUUCUCCCGGGAUCACCUCACCCAAAUUCUAUCUGAACAAAAUAAGCUGUGGGAUGUGUCCUCAACAUCUGAUAGUGAAGAAGAAGUCAGUGAAAGUGUUAAAGCUCUGGACCUCGCAAGGGCCAGAAGUACGCACAUAUCCAGCAUGCAAAAAAAAAGCGAAUCCACAAGACAAAACGCGAUGUCAUCACCAAAGGCCAGGACAAAAUACAGUGGUAUUUCAGAUGUACCUACCCUUCCAGUCAGCAGAAAAUUGGCAUGGAAUGAUGAGGAAGAGAAACCACAUGAAGCAGGAGGUGACCAAGUCCAAAUUUGUGAAACUAAGAACGUGGUUGAAGGGAAUGCAGACGUGGAAGCAGUUAUGGAAAGAGAAGUAGCCCCUGUAAAUGCAGAGGAUGAGGUAACAGGAAAGUCAGACUCCAAUGGGCAGUCUGAGUUUGGAUCAGAUGCAGGUGGGCGGCUGCCGAUUCCAAAGCUGAAGACAAUUGACAGAGCACUACGAACUCAUCAUGAUCUGACCACACCAGCCAUUGGGGGUGCUGUCUUGGUUGCUCCUCGUCAAGUCAGAUCACCAUCACCAGUUCGUAGAAGAAGUCAGCCUCCAUUGGGAAAAGCAUAUUCGCCAUAUAAGUAUUUAUCAGAAUCACCAGGCAGAAUAUCGAAAAAGACUGAACUGCUGCGACAUUCUCCAGCAGCUGGUGUUGAGACAUGUGAUCCUAUUCCUUUGAGGGAAGAAUACAUGUCUGGAGAUUACAGUAGCCCAUCCCAUGUAAAGUCUGUGCCUUCCAUUCAAGCAUUACUGAAGUCUCUUCCUGCCUCUGAUCAGAAUUCUUCAGUUACUACUUCACCAUCUCGGAGCUUCCCACAUCGAAUACAAGGAACACUUAGACAUCCGGAGUUUCAGCAUAAUGGUAAUACUGGAGGACCAAGGACCGGACUGCUGAGGCUACAGUUAACAGAUGCAGCUGGAGCAGACAAUGAGGAUGAUCGAAUGUCACAAAUAUCUGCACGAUCAGCAGCAUCCAGUUCACUGGCCUCUCAAGUUCUUGAACGUGCUCAGAAAAGGAGAGAUAACUUCUGGGGCAAGAACCUAUGAACUUUCAGAUAGUGGUUCUUACCAAGAAGGAUGUGUGGCUUUUGGUAAGGUGUGAGAUUUUUUCUAAUCGGACAACUAAAUCUUGUUCAGAUUUGAAUUAGCAUUUUUGCUUUGGAUGUGAUAAAGGUUACACUUUUCACUUCUAUUUGUUAUUUAAAAACGUUUGGUUUAUUGUGUUUCGUGUGUUUAGAUGCUGAGAACAUUUCAGGUUUUGGUGUUUGCUAAAAUUUUACAAUAAAAAAGAUUCAUAAAAUACAACCUAAUUUCAGCACCACAGAAUAAAGUUAAAACAUUACUAACUUUUAAUGUCUGUAUAAAAUGGAAUUCCACAGGAUAAUUUUAAUAAAUUAUUUUUUUAAUAAAAACAUGAAUGA